AUGGAGAACCCCACCGAGCGCCCCGAGCAAGCGAACUCCUCGGACCUUGGCACGAUGCCCCGGGCUCCGGUGGCAGUGCAAGCGGUGACCUUGACCCUGGUGCCCCUCGUGUGCGCCGUGGGUGUGGCCGGCAACGUCAUGGUGGUCCUGGUGGUGGUCCGGGGCCGCCAAAUGGUCACACCCACCAACUGUUACCUGGUGAGCCUGGCCGCCGCCGACCUGCUGGUGCUCCUGGCAGCCGGAGUGCCCACCGUGGCCGAGGCGGCGUCCACCCGGGUUUGGGUCUUCGGCCACGCAGGCUGCCUGGGCAUCACCUACCUGCAGUACGUGGGCAUUAAUGCCUCCACAGGGUCCAUCACCGCGUUCACGGUGGAGCGCUACCUCGCCAUCUGCCGCCCUCUGCGCGCCCAGGCUCUGUGCACCGUGGCGCGCGCCAAGCGCAUCGCGGCGCUGGUAUGGGUGGGCACCGGUGCCUACUGCGCGCUGUGGCUCUUCCUGGUAGACACGCGCGAGCAGGCGUUCGCCGACGGGGUGCAAGUGCGGUGCGACUACCGCGUGUCGCGCUCUCUCUACCUGCCCGUCUACUUUCUGGACUUCACACUUUUCUAUGCGCUGCCCUUGGGCCUCGCCACCGUGUUCUACUCCCUCAUAGCGCGCGUCCUCUUCGUGGGGCCGCUGCCGCCUGGAGACCUGGGGCGCGCUGGCUCCGUGCACCAGGGAGGCCCCGCAGGCCAAGUGCGCGUCUCCUCCCGGAGCAAAAGAGGCGCCCUCAACUCCAGGAAGCAGGUCACCAAGAUGCUGGCCGUGGUGGUGGUCCUUUUCGCUCUGCUGUGGCUGCCCUACCGCACCCUGGUGGUGGUGAAUUCCUUCCUGAACCCUCCCUAUCUUGACCUCGGCUUCCUUCUCUUCUGCCGCCUCUGCAUCUACCUGAACAGCGCAGCCAACCCCAUCAUUUAUGCCCUCAUGUCCCAGCGCUUCCGGGAGGCCUUCCGCGGGCUCGUUCAGUGCUGGCUGGCCUGGGCCAAGCGCCUGCCCCAGGAGGGCACUCCUGUGCACUGCAGUAUCGUCAGAGACUAUUCCCUGCAUGGGGUGGGCUCUUGGAAGGAGGCAGGGAGCAUGAUGUCCAGUCAGGGAGGAGAUCCUGGCAUCUCAGAACCAGGAUCUUCAGAUGUCAGCACACCACCUUAUCCCUACUGA